AUGUCUGAUAGCAUUAAUUUUCGUGAGGCUGGAUACAAUUUUACUACGAUUCUCAAACGAUUGGAAGCGGCAACCUCUCGUUUAGAGGAUCUAGUGGAAAGCGGCCAUCAGCCUCUUCCCAAUUUGCACCGAGCUUCCAGAGACCAUAAUGCCCAAACCCACAGCAUUUCGAUGAACUCCCAUACUUCCCACAACGGUACCAAUAGCCCUGCCAUCGCUGCUGUCCGGGAACACUCGUCUCCAAACGUAACACCUCGCCAUAGUUCCAGCAACGGCAAGUCGGAUUCUAGUUCUCCUUCCAUUGCUGCCUAUGACGAGUUCUGUUCCAAAUACCUCAACGAAUAUGUUCAAUCAAGUAAAAAGCUUGGUGGACUUGUCCAACAACAAAGUGAACACGUCGAGAAUGCAUUCAAGCUCUUGCGCGGCAUCUUGGUCGUCGCCAUGAAAGCAAAGAAGCCUGAAUACGAGUCCCCUGAAUUUUUUGAGUUUUUGAAGCCCAUUCAAUCCGAGCUUCUUAGCACGACCAAUAUCCGUGAUGAACACCGUACGGAUCCUUUGUUCAACCAACUCUCUACCGUCAUGAGUGGUAUUAGCGUUUUGGGUUGGGUCACCAUUGAACCUGCACCUGUCUCUUUCAUGUCUGAAAUGAAGGAUUCCUCUCAAUUCUACGCAAACCGUGUUUUGAAGGAUUUCAAAGGAAAAGACGAACUUCAGGUUUCUUGGGUCCGUUCGUACCUUACCCUGCUGACGGAACUUGUCAACUACGUCAAGACCCAUUACAAAACCGGCUUGGUCUGGUCCAACAAACCUGACGCUCCUCCUUUGAAGGAUGUUAUGAAAAACGCUGCCAACAAGCAACAACAAGAUGAAUCCUCAGGAAAUUCAUCUUCAAGCGGAGCUGGUGGGUUGCCUCCCCCACCACCUCCUCCUCCACCAUCGAACGACUUUUGGAAGGACAAGGAAGAGACCAAGGGAGAUGAAAAGACCGGCAUGGGCUCUGUCUUUGCCGAAAUCAAUAAAGGAGAAGUCAUCACCUCUGGCCUCCGAAAAGUCGAUAAGCAUGAAAUGACCCAUAAAAACCCUGAUUUACGAAAGACCGGUCCUACACCCGGUCCCAAACCCAAGACUACCUCUUCCGGAGUUAAGGACGAAUUAGCCGUUCCACCGAAGCCAGCAAAAGCUCCUCGCAUUGAGUUGGAAAAUACCAAGUGGUUUGUUGAAAAUCAAGUCAACAACCAUAGCAUCGUCUUGGAAGGCGUUGAGUUGAAGCACACUGUGCAAGUCAUCGACUGUUCCAACUGUACUUUGAUAAUCAAGGGAAAGCUUAAUGCAGUUUCCUUGUCAAAUUGCAAGCGUACAAGCGUUGUCGUGGACGCUUUGGUUGCCGCUUUUGACAUUACCAAAUGUAGUAAUUUUGGUUGUCAAGUCAUGGACUACGUACCUAUGAUUGUCGUUGAUCAAUGCGACGGCGGAGCCGUUUAUUUGAGUAAAAACUCUCUCAAAACAGAGAUUACCACUAGUAACUCUUCCAGUUUGAACGUUAAUGUUCCUACUGAGGAUGGAGACUAUGCUGAACGCGCUAUUCCUGAACAAAUCAAGCAUAGAAUUAACGAAAAGGGAGAACUUGUUUCCGAAAUCGUUCGUCACGAGUAA